AUGGCCGCCCCACUCCACCCCGAGACGUACGAGACGCUGGGCCAGGCCUGGAUCUGGCCCAACAAGCAGCAGCAGGUCGAGGCCUCGGCCAGCGCCGCCGCGCGCACCGCCUCGCUUAAGCGCCGCUCCGGAGCCCAGCGCGCACUGCGCAAGAGCUGCAGCGAGCGGCCACUGAGCUCCCCGGUGCGGGCCAUGGAGCUGCUGGCCUCGGCCGGCAGCGCCAGCGCGCUGGACGUGGAGGACAGCACGGCCAGCAUCACUAGCAGCAGCAGCGGCGGCAACAACAACAACGACGCGGACGAGGACGACGAGCAGCGCCGCCAGCGCAUCACGGCGCGCGCCGAGGAAAUCCUGCGCGGCAAGCGCUGCGUCGGGAUGCUGGUCGGGGCCACGUGCCCCGUGUGCCUCACGGACGACGUGGACACGCAGCUGUCCGAGUGCGGCCACUUGAUCCACGCCAAGUGCAUCAAGCGCUGGAUCCAGUCGGGCACGUGCUGCCCCGUGUGCCGCGAGGAGGUCGUGGACGUCGAGGAGGCCUUCACGUCGCCGGCUAAGGGCCUGCACGCGUUGACCAAGGACCGGCUCACGUCGUCCUCCGAGGCGACGUUCCUGCCCGAAGACGAGGAGGACAACCAGACGGAGGACGCCGGCUAUGAGUGGGGCUGGUUCGAGGACUUCGACGACGACGCCGACAACCUAUCGGACUUCUCGGCCAACAGCGGCAGCGACAUGUUCUACUCGUCGCGCCGCUCGCUGCCGACGUUCCCGGCCUCGGCCAGCAUGCAGUCCACCGCCAACUCGGCGACGCCUAUGCUGAACCGAGAGAUGUCCGCCACGUUCGACAUGUGCCGGACGUUCCCGCCGCUGCGCGAGGCCUACGACACGCCCUACCACCAGAGCAGGUACGCGUGGAUGUGCGUGCUGCCGUCGCACCGCCACAUCGCGGCCAAGAUCCAGAUCCGCAGCUUCCGCAUCGUCGAGGCCAAGGGCUCCAAGGCGCAGCACGCCGAGUACCUCAUCGAGAUGCAGCUGGACGGCCGCUACUUCAGCCGCUGGCGCCGCUUCUCGGAGAUCUACCGCUUCGUGUCGUCGCUGGACCCGAACCAGUUCCGGCAGUCCAUGCUGGCGUGGCAGCCCAUCGACGCCAACAGCCGCUGGUUCAACCGCCUCGAGCUCAGCUACCUGCACAAGCGCUGCCGCAUGCUCGAGGAGUUCGCCCACGCGCUGCUGGUCGAGUGCUCGAACGCCCACCCGCUCGCCGAGCUGGUCGAGUGCUGAGCUUUCAGCUGAGGUGAAAGCCACCUAACUUAUAUUCGCAACAAAAGGUUUUGCAUCCUGUAGAUAAAAGAGUACUUAAGAGACGAGAGUAAUAGACUUUAACGACGAUAGAUGAACAUGAAACAUGCUGGAAGUGCAUCCAAAACUCAGCGACACC